CGGAUUCUGCCCAGGGAACCGUUCUAGUCGUCAGGCGCAAUGCUGACCAGGCUCUCCUGGCCUACAAACCCAGGCGAGAUGGAGCACUCCAACUCAUACCAUCGAUAUUCUGACAGGAGUCAGUUGCUUGUUUUCUCUCCGCCACUGUUCUUCGCGAAAUUUACGAUCUCUCAAUUGGCUGCAUCGCCGUAAAACCGCCGAAUCUCGACCUGUGCCCUAGUGUGUGAGGAGUUUGCGGACUUCGAACGCCACAGAAAAUGGCUCGUAUUACUGCCGAUCCUGUCCUGGCGUUCGCCGCCAUGAUCGCCAUCUGCCUGUUGCUGCCCAGCGGCACUGAAGCGGGGAGAUCCUACAAAAACGGCUUAUUCUAUCACAAUUGCGACUCCCUCCUUCUGCAAGACGCGGCAGGUCGGGAAGUACUUGAUUCUUCCGAAGAAGCUAGUCCGUUUCACAUCACUCACAAUAUGACGUGUGGCUUCCAACGCGGAAAAACUUAUGAAAUAAUCAUCACAGGAAGAUACCUAUCCGGUUUUGCCUGUCGUGUCCAAAAGAAAGGCACCACAAGCCUGGCGAAAGCCGUCGGUACAUUUCCCUCUCGCCUUAGUCCACGUCAGACCACAACCUCGCCUUGCAACCCGCCAUCAACUGGUAUUGUGGGCUUGCAAUAUGACCGUACAACUCGCGGUCCCCUUGUGUUGAAGUGGUUGGCACCAGCUGAGAUCGAUGAGGACGACGUCCAGGUUGUUUGCUCACUGGUCCAGGAAAUCAGAGACAGUAAUCCAGUCUUCUACCAAGUACAGAGAAGCGGGCCAAUCGAACCCGUCACUGCUGAUUAUGCUGAUGAUUGUACAUCCAACAGCGGAACAAAAUCAGAUAAAGAAAGAGUUCCACAGCAAUCAUCGGUGAAACCAUACAGGUUUGGUCAUAAGUUUUGUGACACACUGUCCAUGGGAGCCCCUAACGCAAGUGGACGAGAUCUGUACAGCAUCAGACACAACAUAGGCCAGGGAUACACACUUGAAGAGAAGUACCAAGUUCUGAUUACUGGUGAAGAAUUCUCUUCAUUUGUUUGCCGUGUGCAAAAGGAAGGUAAAACCUGGCAUAAGGCAGCCGUUGGGUCUUUCCCGGGUAUGGACUCUCCGGCACACACGACCGGAGUUCCAUGUUAUCCAUCAAAGCGUGGCAUUACAAGCCUUCGUUCUGGCUUCAACGCCCCUCUGACGCUGGUCUGGCAAGCGCCCUCCGAUAGGGUCGGUGCCGAUUUGCAGAUAAUGUGCACCGUGGUGUCAAGAAAUGGUGAACAAUACCACGUGAAAAGUGAAGCCUUUACGGAGAAGAAGGUAGCCACACCCAUCUACGAGACUGGAGUCAGCGAGUGCGGGGGAUAUCAGAUUCACUCCAUGCCGGAUAGCUUGAACUACUACGAAGCUCAGUCUGAUUGUAAACAAGCAGGAAUGGCUCUUCUGAAAAUGAGUCAAUUGAAAGCUUUCAAGAAAGCUCACUGCCUCAAGGUCUCCUCAUCCUGGCUCUCUUGGGGUAAGAAGUAUGGACGAAUCAUACCCACUCCUAAGGAGAUCAAAGUCCAACUGAAAUCAAUUCAAAGGGCAAGCAAGUCGAAUGACAAACGUCUUGAGAAGCUGAGAACCGACCUUGGAAAUACCCUUAAAGACAUAAUGCGAGAUGAAAAGACCAACUUCAUCUGCGUCAAAGAUAUUAAUGAGUGUGAAACCACACCAGACAUUUGCGUGGGCGACGGUACCGGAUUUGUUUGCAAGAAUACGAUAGGGAGUUACACUUGUGUAUAUGAUGAACCCUCAUCGAUCUGUGUGCAGACUGGGCAUUAUAUUGUCGGAUCCCAAGGUGUCACCAGGCAUGCCAAACCAUUCUUUUUCAAGAACUCUCACCUGGCAGCGCAAAAAUCUAUGACCAUCCGCUGCCAAGGCGGGUCUUCUCAACCCAAGAUAGGAUACAGGUUUACCAGCGGACAAGAUUUCACUUAUCCCACGGAAGCAGCUCAAGUGGACGAGCGAUUCGAGUUGGAGGACGGUAAUUCGGCGCUGACAAUCGAGGUCAGCAAGCUCAAUGGCCUUUAUGGUAGAAGUCAAGGCAUGCUGGAGUUUGCCUGCCAAGGUGGAAAUACGGAAGUCAAGAAGCUUUCACUUAGAGUCACCCGUAGUGGUGUGGCUAUCCGGCCAAGCGAACAGGUGUGCUACGAGGAAUGAUAACUGAACUCUCACCGGCCAGUGGUCAUAGCGCGAUCAUUACAAUUAUUAUUGCUGUUCCUGGCGCAAGGCAUUACUACUCUCUCCCUUUCUUCUUUGGUACUGUUCUCUGUUAACAUUAUUAUAGCGCUUUCUUCUCUUCGACUUUGGUGACAUAUCAAUUUAGCCAAUGUUGACAACAUGACUUCAUGAUUCA